AUGCCACGCUUUGUGACAAAAUACACACUGAUUGAUGAGCAAGACAUUCCGCUUGUGGAGAGCUACUCUUUUGAGGCUCGGAUGGAAGUUGAUGCUGAUGGAAAUGGUGCUAGAAUUUUUGCUUUUGCAUUUGACAAAAAUCGAGGGAGGGGAUUUGGACGUCUGUUGCAUGAGUUACUGUGGGAGAGACACCGGGGAGGCAUUGCCCCAGGGUUCCAGGUGGUGCAUUUGAAUGCGGUGACGGUUGACAACCGCCUGGACAACUUACGAUUGGUGCCGUGGGGCUGGAGACCCAAAGCUGAAGAAAUCUCUAGCAAGCAAAGGGAACAAAGCUUAUACUGGUUGGCGAUACAGCAACUCCCCACAGAUCCCAUUGAGGAGCAGUUCCCUGUGUUGAAUGUAACACGCUAUUAUAACGCUAACGGAGAUGUGGUGGAAGAAGAAGAAAGUUCCUGCACAUACUACGAAUGUCACUACCCUCCCUGCACGAUGAUUGAGAAACAGUUACGCGAAUUUAACAUCUGUGGCCGAUGCCAGGUUGCGCGAUACUGCGGUUCGCAGUGCCAGCAGAAAGAUUGGCCAGCGCACAAGAAGCACUGUCGGGAGAAGAAGCGAGUCAUCCAACAAGAACUGGGACCAGAGCGAUGACCGGCUGGCCGAAGCCUUAGCUGCAAGGCCCCUUCCCCCGGAGGGCGAGGGGGGGUGCCUGCUUUGCACAGACUGCUCACUUGAAGCCAGAGGCACUGACAACGAGGAGAAGAAAAAACGAGACAAAAGACGACCUACCAACCCCUGUGAUGCUUGAGGAGAGGGAACUGGACUUUCCCUUCUAGUGUUAGUCUCAAGCAAAAAGACUACUGUGGAAGCUCUCCUGGCUGGAAGCUUCUUGUUAUUUAUAUGUUAAUAUGUUUGUAAAGUUGUGUACAGGUUUCUGUUUUGUUUUCGGGGUUUGUUUUUGUUUUGGGGUUUUGUUUUGUUUUUUGGUUUUUUUUGGGGUUAGCAGUUCUCUUAUCUAGGACUCAUUUACUGUAACGUUCGGGUGAGAACACAUUGUUGGUUGAAAUAACUGUCCUGUAGCGAAAGCUUUUUUCCUCCCCCUGUGGCUGGGAGAAGGCCAGGGGGCCUAGCGCAGACAUCAGUUAAUCUGAACAACUCUGCAUGGAAGUUGUGUUUUCAAGUAAAGGAUUGGAAUGGA